UAGUGAAGCUGGGUCUAGCGUGGAGUGCUGAGCGCGGGAGUUAGAGCUGCGGAGCCAUGGCUGGCCAGCUGAGCGAGGGGGCCAUUGCGGCUAUAAUGCAACAGGGGGAUACAUCCAUAAAACCCAUUCUCCAAGUCGUUAGCAUCCGCCCCAUUACUACAGGGAAUAGUCCACCCCGUUAUCGACUGCUUAUGAGUGAUGGGAUAAACACUCUAUCCUCUUUCAUGUUGGCGACGCAGAUGAACUCUCUUGUUGAGACAGAACAACUGGCUAGCAACUGCAUUUGCCAGGUUCACCGAUUUAUCGUUAACACUCUGAAAGAUGGACGGAAAGUAGUUAUUUUGAUGGACGUAGAAGUUUUGAAAUCAGCUUCAACUGUUGGAGUAAAGAUUGGCAAUCCACUGCCCUAUAAUGAAGGACAGGGGCAGCCACAAGCACUUCCCUCUCCAGUUGCAGCAGCCAGUCCAACCCCUGGCAGGCCGCAGCAGCAGAACGGGAGCUCGGGAGCCGGUUCUGCCGCCCCCAAGGCUUACGGUGCCUCAAAGACAUUUGGAAAACCUGGAGGGCCCGGCCCGUUGCACCCUUCUGGGGGGACACAGUCCAAAGUGGUUCCCAUUGUCAGCCUCACGCCGUACCAGUCCAAAUGGACUAUUUGUGCUCGUGUUACCAACAAAAGUCAGAUCCGUACCUGGAGCAAUUCUCGAGGAGAAGGGAAGCUUUUCUCUCUAGAACUGGUGGAUGAAAGUGGUGAAAUCAGAGCUACUGCUUUCAAUGAUCAGGUGGACAAGUUCUUCCCCCUCAUUGAAGUGAACAAGGUGUAUUAUUUCACAAAAGGCACCCUAAAGAUUGCUAACAAACAGUUCUCAGCUGUUAAAAACGACUAUGAGAUGACCUUCAAUAGUGAGACUUCUGUGGUACCCUGUGAAGAUGAUCAUCACUUACCUACAGUUCAGUUUGAUUUUAUAGGAAUUGAUGAUCUGGAGAAAAAGUCAAAAGACUCACUUGUGGACAUAAUUGGGAUCUGCAAGAGCUAUGAAGAUGCCACUAAAAUCACCGUAAAGUCUAACAACAGAGAAGUUGCUAAGAGAAAUAUCUACUUGAUGGACACGUCAGGGAAAGUGGUAACGGCCACUCUGUGGGGAGAAGAUGCUGACAAAUUUGAUGGCUCCAGACAGCCUGUGAUGGCCAUAAAAGGAGCCAGAGUUUCUGAUUUUGGUGGACGGAGCCUCUCUGUGCUGUCGUCAAGCACUAUCAUCAUGAAUCCUGACAUCCCUGAGGCCUAUAAGCUUCGUGGAUGGUUUGACGCUGAAGGCCAAACCUUAGAUGGUGUUUCCAUCUCUGACCUGAAGAGUGGGGGGCUAGGAGGGAGCAACACCAACUGGAAAACUUUAUACGAAGUCAAGUCAGAGAACCUGGGCCAAGGUGACAAGGCGGACUAUUUCAGCUCCGUGGCAACAGUGGUGUAUCUUCGCAAAGAGAACUGUAUGUACCAGGCCUGCCCAACUCAGGAUUGCAAUAAAAAAGUGAUUGACCAGCAGAAUGGCUUAUACCGCUGUGAAAAGUGCGACCGGGAAUUUCCCAACUUCAAAUACCGCAUGAUCUUAUCUGCAAAUAUCGCCGAUUUUCAAGAGAAUCAGUGGGUGACUUGUUUCCAGGAAUCUGCUGAAGCUAUCCUUGGACAGAACACUGCCUAUCUUGGGGAACUGAAAGAGAAGAACGAGCAGGCAUUUGAGGAAGUUUUCCAGCAUGCCAACUUUCGAUCUUUCACAUUCAAAAUCAGGGUCAAACUGGAGACCUAUAAUGAUGAGUCUCGAAUUAAGGCCACCGUGAUGGAUGUGAAGCCUGUGGACUACAGAGACUAUGGCAGGAGGCUGAUCACCAACAUAAGAAGAAACGCAGGGAUGUGAGGAGUCACACGCACUGGGCAGAAGUUUGAAAACAGCUGAAACAGAGCUGAUUUCUUCCCACCUCAGUUUCCCCUCUGCAAGCACCUUGGGCAGUUGGUAGAGAGAGGACGCUGUGCUCCAAGAGCGGUGGUGUAAACCAUCAGCCCUGGGAGUCCACAACAGGUAGCAGAGCCCCAGGCCCUCCCUCUGUCUUCAGGCUUCUGUCAAUUUUAGUAAGAUUUCAUUAUCUUCAAGCAGGAAUUAUGUCACAAGUAAUUGACCCCAACUCCGCAAACAGUGGAAAUACUAUGUUGCCAGGGCUUUGCUUCUGCAGUGGUGACACCUGUACAACUGGGCUCCUCCUGGGAGUCUUGGGGGCGCAUACUGAGGAAGUGCGUCUUCCUAGAAUUCAAAGGCACUCUCUUCUAGAGGUGCCAUGUAGUUGUUAAUGCUUGGAAUGGCAAUGGGGCAGAAUUAUUAAUCAAAGGCUUAUCUUUAUAUCUGAAGACUAUCCUUCCUUCAGGGUUUAAUAGAUUUAAUAGACUGAGUCAGAUAGGUCUGAUAUUAAUCAGAAUUGUCUCUUCUGAGGAUGGCUGAUAAGCAUUGACUUGCUGCUCCCUGGGGACAUCCAGGCAACUACAAAGCAGUGCUUGAGUUUCCACUUCAAUUAAUGUUGCAUUUCGUUUGGUGACUGUACAUUUUUCCUACCUGUACGUACUUCUUGCAUUUAUGUUUUACUUCUUGAUUAAAGAUAUGUUAAAAAGGAUUUUAAAAGGCUGA